GGUAAAGCUCGCGAGACUAAGAGUGGGUGGUGCGAACGGCCGGUUUGUCUCGAGUGCGGCUUCUUUGAGGAAAACCGUCGCCCGCUAGCCGAGGGUCGCCAGCUAUCAACAUGAGCGGCCUGGAUGGAGGCGAGAGGACCCCUGUCUCCGAAGUCUGCAGCAUCACUACUCCCGACCGUGCCCCAGGAAACCCGGACCAACACCACUGCGAGAGCCUCCGAGGAGAAACCGAGGCGACGGCGAUGAUGGCGGAGACGGGUAAGAGCAGCUUGGAGACCGUUGAGCCCCCACCACCCCAGCUUCCAGAGGAGAGGGACGCACCCCGGGACCCCGCGGCCUGUGGCGACACUUCCCGGAUUCGAGUCAGUGGAGAUCGCAGUCAUCUGGAGACCACAGCGGGGAACGAAGAGGCUCCGCCUCCCACAGAGAGCCUGGAAGCAGCCUCUGCCUCCGUGGCAACUGAUAACAGCCUGAAAAAUGACUGUCUGGGUGGAGAGCCUUGCGGCUCUGGUGGGAAGAAGGCCCUAGAAACCUGUGACGAAGGGAGCUCCGAGUCUGAGGCGAUAGUUGGGGCGAAGGCCAAGGACAUAAAGACUGAAACGUGCGCCAUCUUGGUGGUAGCAGUGGAGGAGGAGAGGGCUGAGGUGGUGGAAGAGAAAAUGGAGAAGGAAGGAGUAAUGGAUGAGGAGGUAGUGGAGGAGGAGAUGGAGAUGGAAGAGAAGCCAGUAGGUGAAGAAAUGGAAGUGGUGGAGGAAAACAGAGUGAUAGAGGAAGCGAGACCCCGGCCCCUGAAUAUGGAUCUCCGCAUGAACCCUCUAGAGGCCAUUCAGCAGGAACUGGACACUGUGAAUGCUCAGGCUGACAGAGCCUUCCUCCAGCUGGAGCAGAAGUUUGGGCGGAUGCGUCGACACUACCUGGAGCGCAGGAACUACAUCAUUCAGAAUAUCCCCGGCUUCUGGGGCACCGCCUUUCGGAACCACCCCCAGCUGUCCGCCAUGAUUAGGGGCCAAGAUGCAGAGAUGCUAAGGUACAUAACCAAUUUGGAGGUGAAGGAGCUCAGACACCCUAGGACGGGCUGCAAGUUCAAGUUCUUUUUCCGAAGAAACCCGUAUUUCAGGAACAAGUUGAUUGUCAAGGAAUAUGAGGUAAGAUCCUCAGGCCGAGUGGUGUCUCUUUCCACUCCCAUCAUCUGGCGCAGAGGCCAUGAACCCCAGUCCUUCAUUCGCAGGAACCAAGAUACAGUCUGCAGCUUCUUCACCUGGUUUUCAGACCAUAGCCUUCCAGAAUCUGACAGGAUUGCUGAGAUUAUCAAAGAGGACCUGUGGCCAGAUCCACUUAAGUACUACUUGUUGCGUGAAGGGGCCCGUAGACCCAGACGUCGCCUGAUAAGGGAGCCAGUGGAGAUCCCCAGGCCAUUUGGAUUCCAGUCCGGUUAACCUUUGUCCUUGGAAAUACUCUAGCACAGGGUCCCCAGACCUGUGCUUGGGCAACGGCAAGGGUAUGCUUUCUACUUUUUCUGUGCUGAUUUUUCUGCGCCUUCCCUCUGGACAUUCAGCUCUCUCAGCCUCCAGAUUGAGACUUUCAUGAUCCUCCACUUUAACGCGAUCUUUGUGCUGUUCACCCGCUCUUGUAUUAACACCACAUACUGCGUGGCCAUGGUUCACACCACUCCAAGGCAAGCACUAGAUGCCGUAGAUUACACUUUAUCUGCACUGCUUGGACUUUCUUUGUUUCAGGGGUCUCGGCUCUGGCUACCACCACCUACAUUUCUAGCUUUGGCUCCUACACACCUUGCUCUGCAUCUGGCAGUCAAGGCACAUGGCCUCUGGACAAUUGGCUGGGUGUUAAUGAUGUCAAGGGAGAGCAGCAGUGGGCUACUUGGUUUGUGUGACUCCAUUGGUCUUCCUACUUGUCACUUUCUGUUGCUGCCUCCUCCUGACUAUGCCCCCUCUCCUUGGCUGCAGCCUUCUGAACAAUCGCCUUCUAGACUGUUGUCAGCCUCACUGUCUGAUUUCUAGUAAACAAGGAUCUUCAAAACUGAUGGUGGACCCAGGUUUCCAGCCAGCACACAAAAGAUGCCUCAAUUCCUCACACCCCCACCCCCCAAUCUUCCAGAAACUCUAUUGACUCUUACACAAAUGGUUAGAGUCAUCCUCAUGGCAAAGGUGAGGAUGAUGUCCUUUCCAAGUACCAGGCUUUUUCAACCUCAACCAGUGAAUUCACAAAACCUAGGUACCUUUAUUUGCUUCCCUUCCUCAUCCUGAACAUGAUAAGUUUCAGGGUAGCAGUAAAUUUUUUCUUUUCUCUCUCUUUAAAAGAAAAAAAAGUGAUAGCUGAGAAAAAUCUGUAAAAGCAGGCUUUUUAGUUUAAUUUGGCUGUCAUUUCCAGAAACAGGUUGUCCUAUAAAACAGACUGCCAGAAUUCUUAUUGCCCCUGUACUGUCUUUCCAACUCCAUGUCUCCCUUUUUAGAGAGAGAUCUAAAUACAAUGAAAGAUGAUUUCUAGUUUAGAGUGGAAGAAUUUAAGAGAUUGUGGUGGAUGCUCUAAGCAGCAAAAACCAAACAAAAGGCCAGAGGCAGAAAUGAGCUACAGAAUUGGGGCUAGAAUUAAGAUUGAACUGACAGAGCCUUUGAGAAAGGGGUGAUGGGAGGAGAAAUACUUUUCUUGGGUUUGGGAUGGAUAGAAUUGAAGUGUUAAAUAAUACAUUUUUUUUUUUUUUUUUUAGAGUAGGGUUCUUUAAGGAAACGAUGCAACUUCAGGUGUUUUCUUUCUUUCAUGUGACCUUAUUUAUGUUGAAGAUUAAUACUCUUCCUUUUAUUUCAGUAUUAUAUAAAAUGCUGUUACCUUUUAUUUCUACCUACUGGAAUAAUUGAGCUGUACAGCUUUCUUUUGCUUUCAGUUGGGAACAUUUGGAAGCAUAUCAACCUUAUUUUCAUGUACAAUAUUAGAAACUUAUUUGAAUAUUUGUAGCAGUUGUCAUCUUAUUUCUGUUAAAGCUGUAUCCUUAGAAAUAUAGUUUGAAUAACUUGGUCUUGUCAGACACUGAAGACUUUGGAAAUUACUAUUUUCUUGGAAAAAUAACCUACAAAAAAUUUGUGGCUCCAAUUGAUUGCCUCACCUGGUAAUAUUACUUGGUAACAACUUAGUAAUUGAUGUGUCUCUUUUUCUAAAUAGCAUAAAUACUCCUGAGCCUGCUCUGUCAAAUGGGAAGUGUAUCAUUGACAUACUUGUCUUCCCUGUGUGCAUGAUGGUAAAAUAAAGGCAUGUCAUUCAGCUAAA